AAUAAACUGAAACUGAAAUGGCGGCUUCUCCAAAUAGAACUUUCUGAAACUAAAACCCUAGAUUCCGCCACCCAAAACCCCAAAACCAAUGGCCGAGAUUUAACCCCAGAAGUUCCCCUACCCCUACCCGAAGCAAUCCCGCCGUCCAAUCCCUAAUCAACGGCCGACAUAUGUUGUCUCUUCAUCUAAUUGUUCUUUUUCUCAUUGUCUCUGUGGUCAUUGUUUUCAUCCAGGAUCAUCAAAGGAAUAUCAAACGUGGCACCGGCUGAUGCUCCAUUGUAUUCAAUACCCAACCUGAAGGGAGAAGGUGGUCUUCAGCUGGAUACAACCAAUAAUGUUGUAGAAGCAAGAAUUCAUGAUUGUAUAAGGGAUCUCCAGCAGCAUUUUUUCAGGUAAUUGGCAUUGAAAUGAAUGCUUCUGCAGUUCAAGAUGCUCAUAAGAAUGCCGAGGUUAAUAGGAUAAAAAAUAUUAGAUUCAUCUGUUCAAAGGUUGAUUUGUUUGCUUGCCUCCUUGGUUGAUUUAUUUCGGGUUUUGGGGUGGGGGCAGGGUUCAGUUGUUGUACUUACAACCUGCAUUUCAUUAUUUGGUUAUUUUCCUCUGUGCUGUCUAUGAGGAACAGGCUGAGGAUGUAAUAGGGUCUCUGUUGAAGGAGUAGCUAAACUUGUCUGAAAGACAAGGUCGACUUUCAAGUGCCUUAGAAAGUAGUGACAAAGGAAUGGUUACCUGUGAAGAGAAAGAUUCACACAAAACCAAUGCACAUAAUGAUCGAGAGAGCUCAUGCCAAGAGCCUGAAAACUUUUCUUCAGAAAAUGAUGGAAAAGAGCUCCAAAAUCAACUUCGGGGGAGUUCCACUUCAAAAGAUGGAAACUCUUCAGUGCAGCAAUUCAAAAAUGUCGUUGCUAUUGUUGAUCCUCCAUGUAUGGUACCCCAUCCCACUGUGAUCAAAGCUUUAUGAACUCAUUCACAUCUAUGCAUCUUGUGUGACUUUCCAUUAUGAGCUUUUAGUGUUCUUGCUUUGAUCGUUCCAUCCCCUCUCUCUUGAACCUGAAUUCAACCCUCUGUCUGUUUCCUAGGUAUAUUUCCUGCAAUCCUGAAAGCUUAGUGGCAAAUGCUAUUGAGCUCUGCACACCCUCUCCCGGGGGAGUUGAGAAAGGGAAGAAAGAUAACCGAGGUUGGAGGAACAUGAGUAGUGCUGUUUUAGCAUGGCACCUAGCCAAAUCUAUGCCUGUUUCACCGCCUUUUCGACCUGUAAAAGCCAUGGCUGUUGAUCUUUUCCUGCAUACUCCACACUGUGAAAUGGUGAUGCUCUUGGAGAGAUGGUAUGACCUAAUUUCACUGGUGAUUAUAUGUAUAACUUUAUAUCAAGUCAAACUCAGAUAUAAUGUGGAAGAUUAAUCUACCAAAAGAAAGUUUGAAAGUAGCUUCAGCAUUUUUCGUUUCUUGUUAACAUUUGUUGUAUUUAUAUUUUAGAUUCCUUAAUGAAAAUUCGUUGGCAAGGGUGAACUUCCAUCCACUUUUUCUCUCUCUUUUAACCUGACCAGCUCAGACCUACAUGAUUGAUUAUUUUUCUUUGGCAUUGAGGGAACGACUCUAAUGACUAAUGGAGAUUGGAGCAUUUUAGAAAUCAUUCAUCAGUGAAGAACAUAAAACAAUACAACCAAGUUUUUUGCAUGUCAACCAGCUGGGGGCAGCGAUUCCGGUGAAAGCUUCCUGCCUUCCUGGGCUAUCCUGCUUUGGGCUCUUUUAGAUUGGCUGACCAUUCUGCAAACUUUGAAGUACAAGCCCAUGAUUAAAUCUAUCAAA